AUGGCGAAGAGCACGGCCGUGCUGAAGCUGAGGUGGGCCCGGGAGAGAAGUCGCUUUCUAGGUCCACCAGGCCCCGAGGCGGCCCGGCCAGUGGGGCCGCUGGAGCAGCCAGAGCAAGACCUCUCCCGCCUGGAGGCAGACACGGGGCCGAUGGUGCUUCAUGCCCCCCCUCCCACCAAGAUCAAGCGGGAGCUGCACAGCCCCUCCUCUGAGCUGUCGUCCUGCAGCCAUGAGCAGCCUCUCGGUGCUAACUACGGAGAAAAGUGCCUCUACAACUACUGUGCCUAUGAUAGGAAGCCUCCUUCUGGGUUCAAGCCAUUAACCCCUCCUACCACACCUCUGUCACCCACCCAUCAGAAUUCCUUGUUUCCCCCACCUCAGGCAACUCUGCCCUCCUCAGCGCAUGCCCCCGGAGCUGGCCCAGUCCAAGCUGUGGGCCCUACCCCCACCCCUCAUCCGCUUCCAGAACCCGGACCACAGCAGCAAACCUUUGCAGUCCCUCGACCACCACAUCAGCCCCUGCAGAUGCCAAAGAUGAUGCCUGAAAACCAGUAUCCAUCGGAACAGAGAUUUCAGCGACAACUGUCUGAACCCUGCCACCCCUUCCCUCCUCAGUCAGGAGUGCCCGGGGAUAACCGCCCCAGUUACCACCGGCAAAUGUCGGAACCAAUUGUCCCUGCAGCCCCUCCUCCCCCUCAGGGAUUCAAACAGGAAUACCAUGACCCGCUCUAUGAACACGGGGUCCCUGGAAUGCCGGGUCCCCCAGCGCAUGGGUUCCAGUCACCAAUGGGAAUCAAGCAAGAGCCCCGAGAUUACUGCGUUGAUUCAGAAGUGCCUAACUGCCAGUCAUCUUACAUGAGAGGGGGAUAUUUCUCCAGCAGCCAUGAAGGUUUUUCAUAUGAAAAAGAUCCCCGGUUAUACUUCGACGACACUUGCGUUGUGCCUGAGCGACUGGAAGGCAAAAUCAAGCAGGAGCCCACCAUGUAUCGGGAAGGGCCCCCUUACCAGAGGCGAGGCUCACUCCAGCUGUGGCAGUUCCUGGUCACCCUGCUUGAUGACCCAGCCAACGCGCACUUCAUUGCCUGGACCGGCCGAGGCAUGGAGUUCAAGCUGAUAGAACCGGAGGAGGUUGCUCGGCGUUGGGGCAUCCAGAAGAACCGGCCAGCCAUGAACUACGACAAGCUGAGCCGUUCUCUACGCUAUUACUAUGAAAAGGGCAUCAUGCAGAAGGUGGCUGGGGAACGAUACGUUUACAAAUUUGUCUGCGACCCGGAUGCCCUUUUCUCCAUGGCCUUUCCGGACAAUCAACGCCCGUUCCUGAAGGCAGAGUCCGAAUGCCCCCUCAGCGAGGAGGACACCCUGCCCCUGACCCACUUUGACGACAGCCCUGCUUAUCUCCUGGACGUGGAUCGCUGCAGCAGUCUCCCCUACGCCGAAGGCUUUGCUUACUAAGUUUCCGAGCGGCUGAGCGGCCAAACCCUAGAGCUAGCAGCUCCCAUUCAGCAAACGAGGGCAGUGGUUUUGUUUGUGUUCUUGGCUAUUCCUAAAGCUUGCCCUUUGAAUAUUAUCUGAGAACCCGAGCCGGCUCUGGAUUGACACCCUUACACACGGAUACCUUGGCUGGGAGUGGGAACAGGGAGGGGGAAAAAGUCACCCCAGGCGGUGAUUCUCACAAGGUUUCUGGGAAGAGUGGGAGUGGAGCCUCCUUAGCACCAUGGACAAUACAUGUAAAGCAAUACCUUGUUCAGGUCCGUACCCGCAAGAAGGACCGAGUGUGUGACAAUCUGCGUUGAUCAUGGACAGCUAAGUGUCUGUACACAGAAGGGCUCUGAUUUGCACAGUUUAUAGAAAAAAGAAGUCAUAAGCCCUAACAGAGGAGGUAGGCUUCGCUGGGGAGGUCCAGAACAGAUCAUUAAGGCUUUAAAAUACAUCUUAAGAUUUGCGAGUUCUGGCUCACUCUGGAUGUGCCCCCUUGGUCCAGGAACUGGACUCAGGACAGCUGUUACCCACUCCGUUGGUUCUCAAAUCAUAAACCAUCGCUUCUCUUGGGAAUCUUCCCGGCCAUGUGGUCACCAAAUAGCUCAAGCCCCCCCUCUUUCUUCCUAGUCACAUGGCUGAAGGUGGUUGGCUUUCAUUUUGGAAGGGCGAUUAACACUUUUGACAGUAUUUUGUUUUGCUUUGAUUCGGGGGGAUUGUUUUUGUGUUGGUGGUUGUUUUGGAAAAACAGUUUAUAAACUGAUUUUUGUAGUUUUGGUAUUUAAAGCAAAAAAACAAAACAAAACAAAACAAAAACAAACCUUUUGGUAACGGCACUGUGUCCCUUAGGCAGGGCCGUGCCGACUUCCUAUGACGCCGCAGCUUGAGAGGGGCUUGCCGGGGCUCCCCCCGGCCGUGUGAAAGCCCGCCUUGUUGCCUGCCUUGUGCCCUCUGCGCCAGACAACCCAGCAGAACGUUUGCACCCAAGUUGUAUAUUUUUGAAGUGUGCAGGGCAGCCUGGACACAAGCUUAGAUUCUAUGUGUAUAGUGCACCACGUUCAGUAACGUGCCCCCUGGGAGGCAGAUGUACAUACUACAUGUUGUGUCCUGGUCACCUGGAACCUGGUCACCUGGUGGGAACCCAGGGCUACUUCCUUGGGCAUGACUGAUGGCAACUGCCAUUUCACCAGUUUGUUUUAUUUACCUUUUUCUUUAAAUCUUGGACUAUAAACCCUGCAUAAGAAUUCAGUAGGGUUUGAGAUUUACACGUGACAUUGACAGGUAAGGCAGUGCUAGUAUUCUGGUUUCCUGCCACUUUUUUUUUUUUUUCUUAAAGUUUCUUCUGGUUGCUGUAUUAUAUUGGUGAAGUUUAAAACAACCAAGCUAAAGUUCUGUGCAAGUUGUGCUCAAGGUAGAGGAGAAGUGGCUAGAAAGCGGUAGUAUGUGGCGGCCUGCUAUUGGUGGUGAGGGCUGUGUGCCCCGCAACAGGCUCGGCGCAUAAAGGAUGACCGCGCUGUCCUCGUGUGCGCGAGGAGACAGUGCUCACUCCAUGAGUGUGAGACGCUGCAGUGAAACGCUGUUCUGUAACAGCGCUCCAUGGUCCCCGGUAUGACCAGCAGCGCAUUGGUGAAGUCGACAAGGACAAAUUGUGUGUCCUACAGCUAUGAAAACAUGAGAUUUUCCUCUACUGGAAGCUAAUUAGCCCACGAAAGUUUCAAACCUGUUGCUUGGGUCUUAAUUAGCGUCAUACUCUAAUCAAAGGACUCUUUCUAAACCAUAUUUAUAGCUUUCUAAUCUACACAUAGUCUAUACAUAGAUGCAUAUUUUACCCCCAGCUGGCUAGAGAUUUAUUUGUUGUAAAUGCUGUAUAGAUUUUUUUCCUUUCUUUACUUAUACUGGUUUGGGGUGGUUUUUUGUUUUUCUUCUUUCUUUCUUUCUUUUUUUUUUUUUUUUUUUGAUGAAUUUAUGCCGGUUUAGCAAGUAUGAAAAUAAUCUUCUGUAGUCUGAGCUGUCCCCUCCCCUGCUGUGACUACGAGGCCUGUGCUUGCGGGGUGUAGGACGGAGGCAUCACCAUUGCAUUCCCAUUGGACUCAUGCACCUCCCAGAUGGUUUUGGUUUCUUUCAGAGUUUUUGGGGGUUGGUUCAUUUGCUUCUUUUCCAGAGUGUGGAAAAUCUACAGUGCAGAAAGGCUUUAACCUGCCGAUUGAUUUUUAAAUACUUCCCCCCGCGCAGGGCUGUAUGCAUCCUGCCAAGCUGCGUUAUAUUCUGUACUGUGUACAAUAAAGAAGUUUGCUUUUCGUUUAC